UCUCGUUUAUAACUCGAUAAACGAAAAGAGAAAAAAGAAAACGAAAAAAUGGCGGCAGUUCUCGCGGGGCCUUCAGCCCUGAGCUUCAGUUCGAGUUCUAGGGUUAGGGUUUCAAGCAUUGGGUCUGUUCGGAAGCCGGGAUUCAGGCUUGGAUUCUCGAGAUCGGAGUUUGGAGGCUCAAGGAUUAGCAUCUCUCCGGCGGCGCUGGUUCUCCCGAUUUUGGCCCCCGUUCAGCCCAUCGUUGCUCGCAGAGUGUGUCGGUUCACUGGGAAGAAGGCAAACAGAGCCAACAAGGUCUCUUUCUCUAAUCACAAGACGAAGAAGCUACAAUUUGUGAACUUGCAGUACAAGAGAGUCUGGUGGGAAGCCGGUAAGCGAUUCCUCAAGCUCAGACUCUCCACCAAGGCAUUGAAAACCAUAGAGAAGAAUGGCUUGGAUGCUGUCGCCAAGAAGGCUGGUAUCGAUCUCCGAAAGGAAUGAGGUUGUCAUACUUUCGUCGAUUCUAUUCCUAUUAUUCGGACAAAUUUAACCUGAUCUUUGAUCAUUAAGAAUCGAGUUCUUUUGUGCUCGAACCUCCCUGUAAGCAAAAAAAAAAAAAACUGGCAUGCUUGCCUGCAAAAUGAAGAUCUCUGUUUUUCCUUGGAUAAUAUCAACAAAGUAUUAUUUCUCUAA